UAAGAGAUCUAACUUUACACCAGUCAUCGGCAGUAUUUGUUCCCGUGGCCCGCAGCUUUGGUCGACAAUCUCCCGAUUGAAAGUUUGUUGCGACGUUGGUGUCGCCUAGAUAAUCGGGGAUAUCUGUGGUUCAAAGUGAGAGUGCGGGGAUUCGGUGCGAAAGCAAAACCAGAAAUUGUAAAUUCUCGGAUUUCUUGAAUCGAAGAGUCCCGAAUGCCCCGCUGAGGAAUUAUGUCGGAUACUGGCGCAGGAUUACGAUCGGUCACACGUCAAGUCAGCUGACAUAUUGCGCCCUGCUACACCGCAACAGCUCUUGGGUUCCUCGGAUUGAAGUAAUAUCGAGCGCUCGAGCGCAACAUCCGACACACAAAGAGCAACAAAGACAGGGAACUCACACAUAUACAAACACAAAUACAAAGAUAGAGAAAGGGAGAGCUAUUUGGUAACGUUUCGUUUUAGUCUUUUCGUGACAAAAUCAUCAACAGACAAAAAGCUCGUACGUAAAACUCGCAGCUUAGUGGUUUGUCGAGCCGUUAGUGCUCGAAUCGAACGAGAUACGAGAGGAAUCGAGGUUCGACCAGUGGCUAUCGAUGGCACGUCGCCUAACGUCGCGAUAAGGAUACGAGAAACCCCACUUAAAUGCCUCGAACGUAUUCUUACUCCAUGUUGUGCGUUGGUUGCGACACGACUGCGUGUUGGAAAGUGAAUACAUGGUGACACACGGUCAUCACGGAGCAAUCAGAGAGCGAGCCGUGGCCAGAGACACUUACUUAUCUGCCGUUCAGCUGACUGCGACUACUCGAUACUCAUCGAGUAAUUGCAAUUAGAAUAAAAGAAGAGAAAUAUUGCGGUUCCGCCAAAAUAAACUGUCAAAAUGGAAAGGGAAUCGAAUCCUAUGCAAGCUUUGUGCCGCAGUGGCUGUGGAUUCUAUGGCUCGCCAGCCACGGAUGGCCUCUGUUCGCUUUGUUACAAGGAGAACUUGAAAAAGAAGCAACAACCACCCGUCUCCGCCGCCACUGUCACAACGUCACAGACCGUCUCUGGUAACGCUGGCACGUUGCAGGGCGGUUUUGGUAGUCCGGCUGCUACAGGAACCACAGCCCAACCUACCAUUCCUACCAUACCUCAACCAAUGACGGAUCUGCCCAACCCCAAAGAAAUUAACAGAGAAGACCAGGAGAGCGAAGUAGGCGUAAGCAGCGGAGCAGUAGCUGAGGGAUCAGUGAGUAGUGGGGAUGCAGAUGACUGCUUCGAUGGAAAAGAGACUGAUAAAGAAUCUAAGAAGAAGAAAAAUCGUUGCGCAGUGUGUCGCAAAAAAGUUGGUUUAACCGGGUUCGAGUGCCGUUGUGGAGGACUGUUCUGCUCUGUGCAUCGAUACAGUGACAAGCACGAUUGCAAGUUCGAUUACAAAGAAAUGGGGGCCCAAGAGAUUCGGCGUAAUAAUCCGGUGGUUGUUGGUGAAAAAGUGCAAAAAAUUUGAACUAUUUAGUGCGUAGUCGUUGGGAAAAUGGUUAUAUAACUAUAUAAACAAAACAGAAUAUUAAAAAAAAAAACGGCGGAAAACGAGAAUAAAUUAUCUGGCAGCUGAUAAUAUAUCGAGGGGGGAAAGGCGAGAGAGAGAGGGAGUGCGUGAGGGGGAGAGAAUGAAUAAAUAAAAUAAUUGGAGACGAUAUUUCCUUGGGACAAACGGUAACAGAAAAAUAAAAUACAAAAUAGAGAGAAAUUCAGAGUGUGUGUAUAAAAGGAGAGUGGGGGGUUUAAAAAACUGAUUUUGGAUGCCAGUGCCAUUUGUCAGAGUUUUUUAAACCGAGAGAAAAAACAUGCUGAAACAAUGAUUUUUGGUUUCUAAUUGCUGCCAGCUAACUACUAUUACCUAUUAUUAAUAUCUACGAUUAUUACGGUUUAAUUAUUAUUAUUCUAUGUUAUGUUUAUUAAUUUACUUAAAAAGCAAAAUUCCAAUUCGAAGCUUUUGUUUUUGUUUUUGUUUUUUUUUUCCCCGAAACUAAAACCGAAGGAUUCUUGGUCGCAUGGGUCGGGGUGGGGGCGCGCGCGCGCGCGAGAGAGCGAGAGAGAGAGAGAGAGAGAGAGAGAGAGAGAGAGAGAGAGAGAGAUAUUUCUGUUUCGUUCGUGUUAUCCAAAAGAUUAAAUGGAAUAAAAAGGAAAAAAAAUAAUGGGAAUGUUGCUUAGGUAGUGGCUGACGUUGAUGGGUGAUCACAAUCCUAGGUUUAAAUGAUUAGUCUAAUAAUGAUUAAGUAAUAUUAGUCCUAUUGAUUCAUAAAAUAAUGCAAAUGAAGUAUAAAGUAGUACUGUGUGUUUAUGUCCAAUUUCACGUGAAUAUAACCAGCAUUAUUCCUCAUUAAAAGUAUGUUUCAAAUUAUUAUUGGAAAUCCAUUAUUUACGGCCGAUUUUUCGCAGAAAUAAUUCGUCCGCAAGAAAGUUAAAACCCUUUUUCAUUCUCUGAUUCCCUUUAGGGUUUCAGUUGGACGGGGAUUACUUUUGUCCGAAAAUAUAAUCGAUUCUUGAGUUUUUUUAAUUGAUUUCUUAAAUAUGCGACUGCACCGUAGGCAAAUGAAGAAAAAAA